AUGCCACUAUUUGCAAGGCUCUGCCAGCCUCAAUCAAGAAGAAUGUUUUCAUCUAUAUCUUCUUUCUCUGCUCUAUCUGUGUUACGCCCACAAACCGGUAUGCUCUUAAACAGUUCACCAUUGAAGACUCCGUCCUUCACACCGUUGGGAUUUGGCUUAAUAGGUCAAAGAAGAUGGAAAUCAAGGGGUAACACCUAUCAACCUAGUACAUUGAAACGGAAGAGAACUUUUGGUUUCUUGGCUAGGGCCAAGAGCAAACAGGGCUCUAAGAUAUUGAAAAGGAGGAAGCUCAAAGGUAGGUGGUUUUUGUCUCAUUGA